AUGAAUUCAGCUGCCGGUGCCGGUAGCCGCACGUCAAAAACUUUGCCUGCACCUUUGAAGACUGAGAAAGUCGCCUUCAAGGUCCCAGGAACUGACAUUCAAGCCCAGACAUGGUAUGCCCUGUAUGGAAAGCUGUCUGAGGAUGUAACUCCUUUGGUCUGUCUGCAUGGCGGGCCUGGAAUGGCUCACAACUACAUCCUCCCUUGCGCUCAUCUAUCCUCGGCUCCUUUCUCAAGACCAGUGAUUCUUUACGAUCAGAUUGGUUGCGGAAACUCAACACAUCUGCGUGAAAAGAAAGGAGACACCGGCUUCUGGACUACCGACCUCUUCAUUGCCGAGUUGGAAAAUCUGUUAUCCUACCUUGGUAUCAAGAAAUUCGACCUCUUUGGACAAAGUUGGGGUGGUAUGCUUGGUGCAUUGUAUGCCACAAAACGUCCGGCUGGCUUGUACCGUCUGAUCGUCGCCAAUUCUCCAGCUAGCUUGGAUACCUGGCUCGAAGUUGCAGAUAAGCUACGAACGGAGCUGCCUAAGGACAUCCAGGAGACUUUGACGCGCUGCGAGGAGCAAGGCACAACAGACACGGAAGAGUACGAGACUGCCAUGAUGAGUUUCUAUGAGAGACACGUCUGCCGUGUCGUACCUUUUCCCGAUGAGCUUGUGCAAACCUUGGACCAAGUCAAGGACGAUGAUACUGUAUACAUGACUAUGAACGGACCUUCAGAAUUUAACGUUAUUGGUUCACUCAAAGGCUGGGACAUCACACCCGAGCUUCACAAAAUCAAUGUUCCGACAUUAUUGAUCAACGGCAACUACGACGAAGCUCAAGACAUCACCAUGGAGCCAUUUUUCAGGGAAAUCCCUGGCAAGGUGAAAUGGGUCCGCUUCCCUGAAAGCAGUCAUUGUCCUCAUCUUGAAGAGACAGAUGCCUUUGUUGAGGCUGUUGGCAAUUUUUUGACUUCUGAGUCAUGA